AUGCCUGCCAGUCUACCCCGAACGACCAGCCGCCUCUUGAUUUGCGCACAGUGUCGAAAAGCCCUGUUGAACCCGUCGAAACGAAGGCGAUUCGCAACCGGCAUCUCGUCCACGCCCGAGAUCUACGAUGUCGUAACAGUCGGUGGCGGACCAGCUGGGCUGGCGCUCCUCGCUGCUCUGAAAUCAUCACCAAUCACAUCUCACUUGAAAACAGCAUUGAUCGAGACGCAGGAUCUGUCCAGAACUCGCCACUGGAGCCUGCCUGACGAUCAAUAUUCGAACCGCGCCAGCAGCCUGACGCCGUCGUCGGUCUCGUUCCUCGAGGAGACCGGGGGGUGGCGACACGUCGACCAGACGCGCGUGCAAGCGUACGACGAGAUGCAAGUCUGGGACGCGUCCAACGACGCGACGCUGCAAUUCGACUGGCGCGCCGACGCGCAGCGCUACAACGCUCCGCCGCAGACCGUGGCGACCAUGACCGAGAACGCCAAUUUGACCAAAGGUCUGCUUGAGCUGAUCGCCGAGCUCGGCGCCGAAACGGCUCUGUUCUCCAGCACGAACGUGGCGCGCAUCACCUUGGGCGAAGACGAUCCUGAGGGCCUCAACCUAUCGAUGUGGCCUGUUCUCCAUCUCGAAUCGAAAUCCAAAUCCGAAUCCGAAUCCGCCAGCUCGCAGGGGAAAGGGACUUUUUCGGCCACCACGAUCGCAGCACGGCUCCUUGUCGGCGCCGAUGGAUUCAACUCGCCCGUCCGCGCUUUCGCAGGAAUCGAGUCGCACGGAUGGGACUACCAGCGCCACGGCGUCGUAGCGACUCUAUCGGUCCAACCUGUCGACGGUAGCAACAACUCCGACAGUAACAGCAACAGCAACAUCGACGCCUCUUUCGACCUAUUCUCCGACGACCCCCUCCCCAACCGCGCAACAGCGUACCAACGGUUCCUGCCACAGUUGGGCGGUCCGAUCGCGAUUCUUCCACUGCCCAACAACCGCGCCUCACUCGUGUGGUCCACGACGCCGCGGCACGCGACAUACCUCAAAUCCCUCUCUCCACUAGGCCAGGUGUCGAUGAUCAAUGCAGCUCUGCGUCUCUCGCAGCCUGAUAUAAGCUACUUAUUCACCCUGCCACCGACAGCUCCUGAAGAACACGAUGCAGAACUCCGCUGGCGUCUGCAACAUACUUCCGCGCCACCCGUUGCACGACAGCCGCCGAUCGUCACGAGCGUGCAGGAGGGCUCGUUGGCCUCGUUCCCACUGCGCUUCCGCCACGCCGCGAGUCUGGUGAGUCCGCGGGUCGCGCUGGUCGGGGAUGCCGCGCACACCGUCCACCCGCUUGCCGGACAGGGGUUGAAUCUGGGAUUGGCUGAUGCGCGGGCUCUCGCGGCGAUGGUCGCGUAUGCUGUGGAGCAUGGGAUGGAUCUGGGCGAUCCGUUGGCUUUGGAGAGGUAUGCUGCCGAUCGGUUUGGGAAGGGGCUUUUGAUGGCUGGUGGGGUCGAUGCGCUGAAUUCGUUGUAUCAGAUCGGUGGUGGUGGGGACGGGAUCUUGUCUAGUCUUCUGGGUCGGGCUAGGGGGUUGGGCAUGCAGUUUGUCGAUUCUGGGUUGGUGCCGGGGUUGAAGGGGUUGAUUAUGAAACAGGCAGGUUGA